GGCGCAGACUUGACAUCGUUAAAGUAUGUAUCUUCUUCCUUAGCAAAAUACACCAUGCAUGCACAUAGUCAUUGUAGCAUUAUAUGUUUAUUAAGGCUGAUACACUUUUUGGCAUAACUUUUAGUUUUUGUAACCAAACAACCAUGGCUUGGGGCUGCAAUUGUCGGAACAAGGUCCCAGACUGUCCUCCAUAUCAAUGGCCCGUCACAUUAGCCGAAUGUCGAGGCAGAGAGCAGAAAUGCGAAGCAGGAUGUAGUACCAAUCAUCCUACCAAAGACAUAUGCACUGAUGGGUGCAAAUCCUAUUUUCGAUGCAAUCGGCCUGGUGGUCCGCAAAGUCGGCUUCAGACGGAACAGCCCAAUAUUUCGCCUGUUUACGAUAUGACAACAUCGGCCACGUCCAGUGCUACUGCAUUCCGCAUGUUCUCACCAUCAAUAGUAGCAGCGGUGAUGGUCGAUUUGCUUCUAUCAUUAUUGGUGUUAUAUUGUUAGCUCACCGUCAGUCAUAACUUGAUCUUCUUAACGUCGAUGUAAAUGCUUCUUAUUAGUGUUUACAGAAACGUACGAAAUAAUCGUGAAGAUGCAACCCAUAUCUACAUCUACAAUCAUCAUAUUAAUUGCCAUCUAUUGAUCCUUACUUACGGCCUUCUUACUUACCCAUCACUCUUGGUUCGACCAAUACUACUAUUACCUGCCACUUACCAAUUGUCGAAGAAAUUAUAAACAAUAAGUUUUUGAUAACAACGUAUUGCAUACAAACAAGUUUUCACUACCACUAUUUUUCUCUACUUCUUUACGUUUUCCAAUCAUUAUUUUUCUGGAGCUGUACAAAAGUGUCUGCUUUGACUUUCAAAUGUAAA